AAAUGGCCAAUCUCAAAGAAAUUCUAUAUGUCCUUAAACCGAAACUUCUGCUUCAUAAGUUAUAUUUAACUUACGCGAAAUACUGUUUAUGGACUUCGAAGCCCCGAUAUAGAUUUCUAUGCUUUUUGGCAUUGAGCAUUUCAGUCUUUUUUAUGAUUAUAUUAUACACAUUUGAUAUGUUUAUAUGGGAUGAUAUGGGGAGUGUGAGUGUUAAAAGAGUUAGGGCAAUUCACCGUAGAUCCGAAAUGGAAGAUUUCCUGAUCAAAACGGAAGGAUGUAGAAUACCUUACAUUGAUCCAAUGGAUCAAAGUAUUGUUAAAUUCAUCGAAAAAUAUACACCACCUGUUUGUAAUAGAGGUAUCCCUCCUUUGUACGAAUCCAAUCUUACGUCACUUUACAUAUUAAAUUCUUCAUUUCCAUACUACAAUAUAACUGACGAAAUUGACUUAUAUUGUUGUUACAAAGUAAUUACUCGAAAAAAACCGAAGCCUUCUGAAUAUGAUUUUUGGUAUCAAACUUCUGACUGUACUCGUCUACCUGCCAGCAUGAAUAUGGAGCAUGAAUACGUUCGAGUUCAUUGUUUUAACCACGUAAUUAAAAUUUACGAUGAUAUUUUUUGGUUUGUGCUCUCGAAAGUUGAUAAAGUGCAAAAAGUCGCAAUAAAACCGCAGCUUAAUGUCUUAAUAAUUGGAAUGGAUUCUUGUUCUCGAUCAAACUUGCACAGACAGAUGCCAAAAACUUUAAAAUAUUUACAAGAGCUAAACUUUAUAGAGUUAAUGGGAUAUAACAAAGUUGAGAUCAAUACUUAUCCAAAUUUAGUGCCUUUAUUAACUGGUCGGUCUGCUGCAAACUUACAUGGUGAUUCUGACAACGUAGAUUUUCACUUUGAUAACUGUACAUUUUUAUGGAACUUGUACAAAGAAAAGGGAUACAUGACUUCAUUUGGUGAAGAUUCAUCAUGGAUGGGAAUUUUCAAUUUACAAAGAAAAGGAUUUAUUAAUCAACCCACUGAUUAUUAUUAUUCAUUUUAUAAUAGAGUUGCUGAAUCUCUGUUGGGAAAUAAUAAACUAACAAAUAUACUGCAAUGUAUCGGAGGAAGAGAUGGAUACAAAGAUUUUAUAAAUUACAUAACUGCUCUUGUUAAAAGACUUCAUAUCGAUAACAUGCCAUACUUUGCCUUUCAUUGGGGAUCUGGCUUAUCACACGAUUAUGUCAAUAAACCGAGUAUUGGAGAUGAAUUUUAUAGGGAGUUUUUUAGAAACCUACAUGUGAAUGGCUAUUUAAACGAUACUGUAUUGAUGUUUAUGAGUGAUCACGGCUUCAGAUGGGGUGGCAUAACCAAGACAUAUGUAGGAAAAAUGGAGGACAGACUUCCUUUCAUGCUUAUUGGACUACCGGACUGGUUUAAGAAAAAGUUUUCACAAGCUUACUACAAUUUGAAUGAAAACGUGCACCGACUUACAACUCAUUAUGAUAUACACGCAACGCUUAUGGAUAUACUAUAUUUAGACCAAUUGACGGAUGAUCAAGUUCGAAAACAACCUCAGUCCUAUAAUCGAGAAAUAAGUUUGUUCAGUAAAAUUCCCUUAAAUAGGACUUGUUUAUCUGCGGGAAUUCCUAGUAAAUGGUGUGCAUGUCAGACAAAAGUCAGUAUAUCCACGAAGGGUAUAAUCCUACAACAAGCAGCAUUAUUUGCUGUAGACUCCAUUAAUGACUUUUUAAAAUACUAUAGACAAUGUGCCAAAUUACAACUGGAUGAAAUAUUGAUGGUCAAUACUUAUAUUCAUGAUAAACAUGUUAUGGUAAAUGAUAAAGAACAAAUGGAUUACGGAAUUGUAUUCCGUACUGAACCUGGAGGAUGUAUUUUUGAGGCCACUGUAAAAUACAUCAAACUGGAUAAAUUUGAAAUAAUCGGAAAUAUAAAACGAAUAAAUAACGAUAAUAAUAAUAAUUCUGUUUGUGUCAAUGAUGUGCAGGUUGUUAGGUUUUGUGUUUGUAAAUAUGAUUAAAGCAAUAAAGUAUACAUAUUAUUUAUUAA